AUGGAAAAGACUCAGGUUCUGCUGGUUGGUGCCGCGGGUGAAACCGGCGGUUCAAUCGCCAACGGUCUUAUCGAGGAUGGCUCUUUUGAAGUCCACGCUCUCGUCCGCCCCGCUUCCGUACACAAGCCCGCCGUGAUUAAACUCCAAGAACGGGGCAUCCAAAUCCGCAAGGGUGACCUGAAGGCGCCCGAGGAGCAGCUCAUCGAGUUGCUGGCAGAGAUUGAUGUCGUCAUUAGCUGCGUCGGCCCCGCUGAGCAGCAAGAUCAGAUUCCCCUCGCCAAGGCCGCAAAGAAGUGUGGUGUGAAGCGAUUCAUUCCCUGCGGUUUCAUCACCGUGGCCCCGCCAGGUGGGGUGAUGUGGCUGCGCGAUGAGAAAGAGAUUGUGUAUAAUCAGAUCCGGCAGCUCUGGCUGCCAUAUACCAUCGUCGAUGUAGGCUGGUGGUACCAGCUUUCCUACCCGCGUCUCCCCUCCGGCCGUGUUGAUUACGCCAUGACCUCCGGCAACGAUGAAAUCAUCGGCAAUGGCAACAAGCCCACCGCUCUCACCGAUCUGCGCGACAUUGGGCGAUACAUGGCUCUCAUCAUCAAGGACCCUCGUACCCUGAACAAGAAGAUUCUCGCAUACAACCAGGUCUCCACGCAAAACCAGAUCUACAGCUUGAUGGAAGAAGUGAGCGAGGAGAAGAUCGACCGCAACUAUGUUUCCGAGGAGACCAUUUGCAGCCGUGUCUUGGCCGCCCGACAGGCUAGCGAGACCUAUCCAUUCGACCCGAUCAAGUUCGUCCCCCGCUACCUGGCCGAGUACCAAUACUCCUGGGGUAUUCGCGGCGACAAUGAUCCCGAGUACGCUCGUUACCUCGGCUACUACCUGACUCCAGAACUUUACCCUGAGUUCAAGCCCAGCGACUUCCGUCAGUACCUCGAGUCGGUUGUACGCGGAACCGCCAAGGGAGUUUACCAGGAUCGCAUCGUCUCCCGCAAGCAUCAGCGCCACUUCCCCCGAACCGAGUCCAGUGACUCGCUCUAUGCUCGCAUCUUCCCUCGAACCGAGUCUAGCGACUCUCUCAUGUCACGUUAA